AUAAGUAUUUCUAAGUUUCUGAUUCAUAACCACUUCACGUUUAAAGGAACAAAUGUUUUCUCCUUAUGGGAGCACAAGGAAUGGGUCUCACAUGGAAGGAAGAACACUUGGAUUUUGUUUUAGUCCCAAGUGGUCUACUAAUCAUGCUUGGAUACCAUCUCUUUCAUCUACACAGAUGCAUUAACAUUCCCGAAACCACAGUCAUUGGCUACGAAAAUCAUAACAGGAGGGCUUGGGUAGCAAGAAUUUUGCAGCUUGAAGCAAAGGAGAGGAGCCAAGCAAUUACGGUAAUUGGCAGCAACUUAUCUGCAGCAACUUCGCUUGCUUCAAUCUCCCUUGCUCUGAGCUCUUUGAUCGGAGCAUGGAUUGGAAGUGCCUACCACAAUAAUUAUAUAACCAGCAGAAUAUAUGGAAAUACAAGCGCGACCAUUCUUUACCUCAAAUACAUAGCCCUUCUUUCCUGCUUCAUAGUUGCCUUUGCUUGUUUUGUUCAGACAGCAAGGUGUUUUGUUCAUGCCAAUUUCCUCAUAAGCACUCCAAGCUGCGAAAUGCCUGUAAGAAAUGUUGAGAGUGCAGUCAUAAGUGGAACUAAUUUCUGGAUAGCUGGUUUGAGAUCACUCUAUUUUGCCACCAAUUUGCUGCUGUGGAUAUUUGGUCCAAUCCCAAUGUUUGUUUGCUCUGUGAUAACCGUGCUGUUGUUACACUAUCUGGAUAAGAAUACAACACCUCUGCCUCCGUACAAUGCACCCCUGAGUUAUGAGGACUCCAAGAAGAUUCACAGGGAAAUGAAGGCAAGCCCUGGUACUACUGAGCAUCACGAGGAAUCACAGGACCAUCGAGAUGGAACAUGAUGACUGGUUCCAUUUGCUUUGUGUAUGAAAAGACACUAAGAUUUUGCCCCUUAAAGAUGUAAUGUAAGAGUGCAUAGUUAUCGCUGAAUGUAUACAAUUAUGCAGCCCAUGGAAUAAAGUACCACAGCAGCUGUUGUAAUUAUAAUCUUUCCUUCAAUUGCCAGCAGAGGAAAUUCCCAUAAGCCACACGGUUCUCUUCUUCUUCUUUAAAUACUCUUGU